AUGAUUGCAACAGAAAGCACAAGUUACAGUACAAGAUCUCAGCAAUAUUCAAUGCCAGUUUUGAAAAUUAAAAGGACAGAAUCACUUCAAUUGCCUAGGACAGAAGAGUCGGGAGUAAGAUAUAAAUGCCGUUACUGUAAACGGAAUUUCGGACAACGGCGUUCUCAAAUUCGCCAUGAAAUUCAUCAUUGUCUCUGGAAUCCACAAAAGACUCAAAGCAGCGAAUUCAAAACACAUGUUUGCGAAAAUUGCGGUUCCAGUUACACCCACAGACGUAAUAACAUCUUAACCUACCAGAACAUGCAGCGUCUGCAACUAAAAAAGGUUUUAAGUCUUCAAUCACCAGAAAAUAGAAGACCACCCUUCGCAGAAAGACCGAUUCAAAUAAAUAAUCCGAGACUCUACAGAUGCGAUAUUUGUGGUGCAAGUUAUUCAAGUCCAGGAAAUCUCACAUAUCACAAAAGACAUGAUUGUGGAAGGCGUCAUCAGUGUCCCAAAUGUGGUCAAGUUUUUUCACACAAAUGUAGCAUGGCAAGACAUUUACGGAAACGUUAUCUGCAAAUCCAGAGUGAGUCAAAGGAAUCAACAGGAAGACCAGAUAGUGGGCCAUAUUCUUCUACAACUUCUGAUAAUUCUACUCUAGAUAGGAAUACUUUAAUUGAAUACGAAAUUGAUGAAACUUUGGAAAUCAAGGAAGAGAUCAUCCAAGAUCCAGAGACUGCAGGCCAAAAACGGAAAGAAAGAUUCGAUUCCAAAGUAUGCGCCGUAGAUACAAUAGAAGAAGCUGCUUCUCAUAAAAAAAUCCGCUGCCGAAGCAAGCUACAAUUUCCAUGUAAAUUUUGUAACAAAGGUUAUACACGGAAAUGUGAUUUUAUUCGCCAUAUGAAUUGUGCACAUAAGCGUUCACAACUACCUUCUUGCGAUUGUUGCACCGUAGAUACAGUAAAAGGAGCUGCUUGUCCUAAAAAAUUCGACUGUGGAGCAACGUCUCAAUUUCUAUGCAAAUUGUGCGAAAAACGGAAAAGAAAAUUCUUUUAAGAAACUGUGAGGAAACGAGCGGAUUUUAUAUGUAAAGAUUAAAUUAUGGCAGAUAGCAACUAUAAAAUAUAUAUAUUUAUGACAAUAUUUCGUCUAAAUACUUCAAUCUUCUAUGAUGGAAGUUCCGAUCGCUGUGAAGUUGUACCCCCAAUAUUAAAAAUUAAAUAUUUUUUAGAUUUCUAAGUACCUUUUUAAUAGUGCUGGAGUUCCUUAUAUGUUUUAGCAAUAGUUCUGAAAGCCGAAGCAUUGGAAACUCAUUUUUCGAAAAUGGGGACUAAAAUAGUUCCGGCUAAUAUCACCAAAAAUACGUUUUUCAAGAAAGCAGCUAGCCCCUCACUUUUUAAAAAUUUAACCUUUUCUUGCAUGAUUCUCUGGUUCCAUAAGACUUCGGGAGUUCUCUGAUAACAAAAUUCAAAAUAAAUAAAAAACGUAUCAAAAAGCAACAAUUUCAAAAAUGCAAAAUGUUGAAAAUUUUCUCGUUUAAAAAAUCCAAAAGUUCUGUUUAGAGUUCUGGACCCAUCAACAGGAGGUCUACAAAAAAGUUUCAAAGAACUUUUCAAUUAAUUCAACAUUCAAAGAACUACGGCACUUUUAAGAAAAUUAAAAUUUUGGAAUUCCAAAAUGCUGAGACUUCUAAGAGUUCUGAUCGGAGUUAUGGAAUUAUUAAUGACAGCCCUAGAAAAAAAGUGUUAUAACACUUUUCGAUCAAAUCAAAAUUCGAAGUACUACGGGACAUUUAAGAAAAGCCAAAAUUUCUAAAUUUGAGAAUUUUGGGUUUUCUCAAAAGUGUCGUAAUUCUUCGAAUUUUGACUUGAUCGAAAAGGUUGAAUAACACUUAUUUGUAGAGCUGCCAUUAAGAAGUUCAGAACUUUUAUCAGAACUCUUAGAACUCUCAACAUUUGGGAAUUCCAAAAUUUUGUAUCAGAAAACGAAAUUUACAUUUUUUUUAAAUUUUGACUUAAUUGAAA